GAUAUGAGAAAAAAUCCAUCAAAACCAAGACAAGUGGCGACAGUUUUGUUCCUUUAACCGGUGUGGAUAUGCGCAUGCCCCCCUUUCCUUCUCAUCAUCCCCGCAUCCCUCCUGAUCUGAAGAUUUGAAUCCCCACCGUCCAUACUCUUCAACAUCCUUUCCUGACCCCCUAGAGAUUCACCUGAAAGAUUAUAAUAAAACUCGGGAGGAGAAAUCUCAAAAGAUGUCUGGCGGUGGAACCUAUGACGAAAUGAUCGAUGACAACCAACCUGCUAUGCAGCAAGAAAACCCACAACACAAAGUGGCACACAAGAGAAUGGAACAACAACGAGCUCAAAUUGCAGAAGUGACGGGAAUUUUAAAGAAAAAUGUUGAUCUUAUAUUGCAAAGAGAUGAAAAACUAUCGGACUUGGAUGAUCGUGCUGAUGCAUUAAACGAUGAAGCUUCGGAAUUUGGAAAGCAAACCGGUAAACUAAAAAGGAAAUAUUGGUGGAAGAAUUGUAAAAUGCUAUCUAUUUUAAUCGUCAUUGGACUAUUUAUAAUUAUCAUUAUUAUUGUAUGGGCCAUAUCCAAAGAAGAACAAGAAGGGCCUAAAGAAGAUAUCAUAGAUUGAAGACGUUUUGUAAAGAGAGUACUUUGUUUAGAGUACUAUAUCUCUGUUACGUGUCAAUUACGUAUAUCUAUAUUUAUUUAAUUGUAAAGUGUACUUCUUGUAACGAAAACUUUUUCUACUUAAUUAUAACUAUAUAUCAUGCAUAUAUAUCCGUCAAUUAACCUGUGAUAGAUAUGUAAUUUAUAUUUUACAUAUGUGUAUUCAUUCAAGUGUGCGUCAGGGAUACAUUUUCUAUGUAUGUUGUAUUUUCAACUACCUUCAAAGGGUUAAAAACGAAGCAUUUUUUUUUCUCCAAGUUAAUUGAGUAUGCGCUUAGCCCUAUCCUUAAUAUGCACUUUCACUAGUGAGCAUUAUUUUUAAAUGUUCAAAAAUCAAACAUUUAAAAAAACUUGUGAAGUAGUCAGUUGACAUUUAUAUUGUGAAUUGAUAAAAGCUACGAUUGAAAACUGAGAAUUGAGCAUGUAACUAUGAAUUGAAAAGGAAUAACUGCAAAUGCGUCAAAUGGCAUAGGACUUCAACCCUAUGACGCAAAUAGGACACCGGUGUCCAUUUUAUGAAUGUUUUUUUCUGAUGCUCUUAUUACAAGAAAAAAUGUAUUUUAUUAUUUUUUGAUUGUAAAAAAAAACA